AGUGAUGGUAGCAAACCACCCAGAUGCUGGUGGCAGCCAUUAUAUUGCAUCUAAAAUUAACGAAGCCAAAGAAGUCUUACUGGGGAAAACCAAGAGUCAUUCUGCAUUUUAAAUAAUUCAAUUUAAAGAUCCGCAGCGUCACAGCAGAGAGAGAGAGAGAGAGAAGAUGAACGGAGGAGCAACAAGGAACAAAGUACAGAGGAAGUUCAAGAUGAGGGGCUACACUCUCAAAGUGGAUGCCCUAUCAGAGGUCCUCUCCUUCCUCGACCGAUUCCCUUCCGACGCCCACGACGAAGCCCUCGACCUCCUCCUCGACGAGCUCCAGUACCUAUCACUGAAAUCGGCGAUUCUUGACAAACAUCCGGUGCACAAAGUUGUGACCCUGUUAUUGGAAGCAGAAGCCGCCGACGAGGAAAAUCCUAACAGCGCCGGCUCUUCGGCCUCUGAGCUUCGAGUCAUCGAUGCCUUUAUUGUCCCAAAAUUGAGAUACGAUCCAGUGAAGAAGAUCUUCUACGAGUAUGUAGGGAAGCUUCCAAUUCAUGGUGAUGCCUCUGCAAAAGCCACCCUAUAUAAAGAUAGGUUCCUGUUGUUAUUCCAACGGCUUUCCCGCGAUCCUCGGUUUUCCAAGCCUGCUUUUGGGAGCACUGUGUCUGAGUAUGGCAGCUGUGAGAUAUCUCCAAUCCAAUCACUGGUUGGGCAGACUGGGAGAAGAUGGGUAAUGGGGGUAAUAUCUCAAUUGGAAGAUGGUCAUUUCUACUUGGAAGACCUUUCUGCAGCUGUUGAAGUUAAUUUAUCUGAUUCAAAAAUAACAACAGGAUUUUUUGUAGAAAAUACAGUUGUCUUAGCAGAAGGUGAAAUGCAGUUGGAUGGUGUUUUUAAGGUCAGAACAUGCGGAUUUCCUCCUCUAGAAGACAGAGAAAAGUCUACUGCAUUUUUUUCAGGGAUUGACUUCUUUGGUGGUGGUCUACUUACAAAUGAGGAAACUCUAAGACUUGCAGAGCUGGAAAAAAGAGCUGUGAAUGACAUGUUUGUCAUCCUCUCUGAUAUCUGGCUGGACAAUGAGGAGACUAUGAGAAAUGUGGAGAUUGUCCUCAGUGGUUAUGAGAAUGUAGAAGUAGUUCCUUCAUUAUUUGUUUUCAUGGGAAAUUUCUGCUCUCAUCCUUGCAAUCUAUCCUUCAAGUCUUUCUCAAGUCUCAGGUCACAGUUUGGAAAACUAGGGGAGCUUAUUGCAUCCCACCAACGACUGAAAGAGCACAGUCGGUUCCUUUUCAUUCCUGGUCCUGAUGAUGUAGGUCCUUCAACAGUUUUGCCUAGAUGUUGUUUGCCAAAAUACAUUACGGAAGAGCUUCAAAAGAAUAUUCCAACUGCCAUAUUCUCCAGCAAUCCAUGCAGAGUCAAGUUUUAUACACAAGAAAUAGUAUUUUUCCGGCAGGACCUGCUUUAUAGAAUGAGGAGGUCAUGCCUAAUGGCACCCUCUACAGAGGAGACUAGUGAUCCAUUUGAGCAUCUUGUUGCUACUAUCACUCAUCAAAGCCAUCUCUGCCCCCUUCCUCUCACUGUGCAACCCAUAAUAUGGAAUUAUGACCACAGCCUCCACCUUUAUCCGACCCCACACACGAUAGUUUUGGCCGACAAAAGCGAACAGAAGGCAUUCAAGUACACUGGCAUUACAUGCUUCAAUCCGGGUUCGUUCUCAAGUGACGGCACUUUUGUGGCAUAUCGGCCUUGCAAUCGUGAAGUAGAAUUGUCAGCUCUGUAAGCAUCAGUCCAGUUUAGGAAUUAGGCUUUCCUUUGUGUAAAUUAUUUUGAUUUUGAUGGUAGAAAAGAUAUUCUGGAGAAGCAUAAGCUUAGAUGCUUCUUAUUGAAUACUGAUUUUUAGAGUAAUCAUAAUUACAAUUAUGAAAUUUCAAAAGAAAUUUAUUGCUUUUUCAUAA